CGGGGUUUGUUGUGUAUCUUUUGGCUUGGCACGUUUGUCCGCAUUUUCAAACUGACUUACAGCUGCUUGGACGUGGGAAUACCGGUCACCUGUCUCGUUUUUAUUGAGUCCUACCGCCAGCGGGACUGUAACGACAGACAGCGCAAUGAUGAACAGAAGCGGAAUGGUCACAAACAUUCGCACGAGGAUAAGGAACGACCCCUUCAAAAACAACUAUGACCUGGUCGGCAAAGAGCUUGGCAGGGGAAAGUUUGCAGUAGUUAAGAAGUGCGUGAAGAAGGAUACUGGAAAAGAACAUGCUGCUAAGUUUCUAAGGAAAAGACGGAAGGGUCAGGACUGCCGUGGUGACAUCCUGAACGAGAUCGCCGUUCUGGAAUCAGCGGAGGCCAAUCCAUAUGUGGUGGCACUGCAUGAGGUCUAUGAGACCGCCUCUGAGAUCAUCCUCGUUUUAGAGUGUGCUGCCGGAGGUGAAAUAUUUAACCAGUGUGUCGCUGACAAUGAUGAGGCGUUCACAGAGAAAGAUGUCAUCCGAUUGGCCCGGCAGAUUCUGACAGGAGUGGCCUGUCUCCAUCAAAACAAUGUAGUCCAUCUGGACCUUAAGCCUCAGAACAUUCUGUUGACCAGCGCACAGCCUCUGGGCGAUAUCCGUAUUGUUGAUUUCGGCUUGUCUCGGCGGGUGGACAGCGCAGAGGUUCGGGAGAUCCUGGGCACUCCUGAGUAUGUGGCUCCUGAAAUUCUGAACUAUGAGCCCAUCAGCACAGCUACUGACAUGUGGAGUAUCGGGGUACUAAUUUACGUCAUGCUGACAGGAGAGUCACCAUUUCUGGGAGAAGAAAAGCAGGAGACCUACCUAAACGUCUCCCAGGUCAAUGUGGACUACUCGCAAGAUGUGUUUCAGGGAGUGUCAGACCUCGCUGUGGAUUUCAUCCAAUCACUGCUCAUCAAAAAUCCCAGAGAACGUGCAACAGCCAAACAGUGUUUAAACCAUCCGUGGUUGAGCGCCGACAUUCAUCACCACGCUGUGGGCACCUCUCUCCAUGAGCAGGAAGCCAGCCAAUCAGAAUCCAGCCAAUCGGAAUCCGAACCCGAAAGUCCUGUCCCUUCUCCGGAGCUUGUUGUCAUGCCAUCAUAUCCCACUUACCCGAGCCAGGGCGAGCUUAAGACUGGUCGGGACACUUUCAGUUUCUCUGAUCCGUUCCCAUCCCGCAAUGACAUAAAACAAGAGCUCAUCUGCUGACAGACAGACACGAUUGCCCAAUCUGCAGCCGAUGGGGCUCCUCCGUGAUCGACUGAUAGGCUCGAAACCCGCCAAACCGGUUUGGACUGGACUGCAGAUGUCUGCUCAGGUGUUUGUAAAGUCUGUCUAAUGUUGUGUCGGAUACAUAGCUGUCUGUUGUUGAGAUACGACCUCCCUUAUGACCACAAAGAGAUCUGCGCGUGCAUCCACAACAAAUCCAGAUGAGCAAUCUGAACUUUAUUAGCCCAAUUAAAGCAUUCUUUACUGCUAUAUAAAGGCUCUUAAAUGCUCCACAAUGGACUGAUUUAUUAUUUCAGCGUUUGGACCUUUUCUCUGCUGUCUGUAUUUGUUUCAAAACCCAUGCUGGAGUCUCCCCAGGAAGCAACUACUGCAUUGUAGAAAGGAAAGUGGAGGAAUCCUGCUAUUGAUCAAUUUAACCACCAUCAUUCUUCAUCGGACCAAGUCAAGUUGUUUUUUCCCAUUAGAACCAGCUUAAGUCAAAAUCCCAUUGUCUAAUAUAACCUUACCCUCAAGGCUCUUCUCCAGCAGAGAAGGUUUUUCAUUUUUUGUUGCAUCAAAUACAAAUGUUAAGUUUGCACCAAACUUCAGGAGUGGUUUCUGUGAUAAAAAAUUUAAAGAGACCUCUUGUUCAAGCACUUUUAGAGAAAAAAAUGUAUAUAUUUAAAUCUCCCCACAAGCACAUUAAGUUGUUAAAAAUGAUUUGUACCCACAAUCCACAUUUUGUUCCGUUACUCGUACACAAUUUUUGUCGAGUGCCACAAAACCACUUUCUGUUCUUAGUCAUUAUACCAAGUUUGCUAUAAUUGCACAAAUGUAUUGUACCAUUGUUGUUUUUUAUUUGAACAUCUUUUGUAUGUCGUUUAAAUGUUUGGUAGAGCAUCAUGGGUAAGAAGUCAAUUUUCCAGUUUGCCAGUGAUGGACAGGGGCUUGUUUUGUGACAAAGUGAUGUUUGUGGUUAAACUAAGAAGGUCUUUUUUGGAUUUGUGUGUUUUAGACAGUUGUGGGAGAUGUUUGGAUUUUGAUAACAACAGAGCACAACAAACAAAAGUCUCCGAUUUAAUUGUACAUUUAUUUUAAGAAAUAUUGUGUAAAAAAAAUUAUUUUUCUACAGUCAUUGUGUUUUAUGAUUAAUAUGAGAAAAUAAUAAAAAAGAUUGUAAUAUUAAAUAAUAAUUUUUAACCAGUUGUGCUUGUAAAUGGUUUGCACUUGCUACUUUAUAUGUAUUAUUGGCAUGCCUGGCAAAAUAUUGAAGAAAAUAAAUGAUCGUUUUUGUAUUAAA